UUUUGAUCCUUCUGGCCUCUCCCUCUCCUUUACUGACUCUUCUACAAUAAAGUCACAUUUCCCAAUAAAGCUAAAGUAUGGUCACUAAUUAGCAAACACCAGUAUGGAUAACAAGGAGGAAAGGAUCUCUGAAAGCACUGACAGGAGAGAGUUUUCCAACGCAGCCAAAGCAGACUAUCCAAGGAGGCCACACCAGCAAUGGCAUCAGGGCAAGGCUACAGAGGGCGGCCACCACAGACCGGGUGGCCUCAAGCGGGCCCUCUACUACAGCGAGAACACCAACAGGGAGCUGGCCGCCCAAAACGUCGCCUUGAGGGAGCAGAUGGACAGCGAUCGCAGACGACACCACGAGGACAGGCAGAAGCUUCACAAGGCUCUGGACGAAGCUCGGACGGGACGCACCACGCCGGAGAUGGAACAAAAGCUCCGGGAAAAGGAGAACGAGAUGAGCACCCUGAAGAACGCGCUGGCCGUGGCUCAGGCGGAAACGGUGCAGGCCCGGAAGUACUGGAUGGAGGAGCACGAGCUGCUGAAGGCCAGGGAGGACGGCUCCGAGAGCAUGGUGGCGGCGGUGAACGCCGAGUGGCAGCAGUGUUGGGUGCUGCGCGAGCAGGAGACGGCGGCCCAGCUGCAGGCUCAGUGGGAGAACAUGCAGUGGCAGAUCGAGGAGAUGGAGGCCCUUUUCAACUCCAAGCUGGAGAACAUGCAGAGACACAGCAUGGACACCACUGACUACUUCAAGACGGAGAUGGAGCGCCUGCAGUGGCACAUGGGCUGCAGCAUGCAGGAGAAGGACGAGAUCGUCGCAAAGCUGACCAAUGAGAACUGCAUCCUCGUAGCGGAGAACGGCGCCAUGUCUGGCCAGCUUCUCAAACUUGAAGAAGAGACGGCGGAGCUGCAACGACGUCUCUACUCCCUGACGGAGGAGCUGAAAUCGAAGCAGGAAGCCAAGAAGGCUGGUGUUGGCGAGGAGCCGCCCGCAGCUGUAACCUCCAUCAAGGAGACCGACCAGGAGCUCCAAGAGGCUGUGGAGCUGGAGUUAAAUCAGGACGAGGUGAGCAACCUCCAGGUCUCUCUGGAAGCAUCCAGGAAGGAAACGGCCAAUGUCAGGAAGUACUGGAUGGAGGAGUGUGAGCAGCUCAGAAAGACGGCGGCGGAGAACACCAAAAACACGGUCGCCACCAUCGACGCGGAGUGGCAGCUCUUUAAAAGCGAGUGGGAGCGCAUGCAGACGCACAUGAGGCAGACCUUGCAGGGGAAGGAGGACCUGCUUGCCAAACUGCAGCAAGAAAACUCUUCACUGGCGGCACAGAACAUGAAGAUGACAUCACAAAUGCAAAAUUGUCAACUAAAAGACACGGAGGAGCUGCGGAAAGAUGUGUUGGAGGGUCAGUCGAAAGCUGUGGAAGCGCUCCAAACAAGCAUUUUGUAAACAGUCUGUAAAAGUAUUUGAGUUGUUGAAAACUGGUCAAGAAAACUCUUGAGGUCAUACGAACGCAAAAUAUCUCAGUUGGGACCGCCAUCUUGUUUGUCCACUUCAGCUCAGUGAGCGGCGAAAAUACUUUUUUGUUUGUGUGAUGCAAUCACAGAAGUGUGCCAGUGAUGUCACAGAGGACAUGUGUGAUGAUAACCAUAGAUCCAUUGCUGUCCCGAACACCCAGUACAAUAUGACAGAGUCAAAGAAAAUUCAGCUACUGUCGCUUAUAUAAUCAAAGGAUAAGCAGAGAUUGUGUUUUAAAAAAAACAUUAUUAUGACUGUUAAAUGUUACUUUAAAGAUGUGCUUCUCAAUUAUUUUUUUGUUAUGCCCCCCACUCUGCCAGGACUAUAAACAGUAUCAUUCGUCUAUACAAUUGUUAUAAGUACACCUCUGCCUAACAUUGUAUUCUUAGCAAUGUUAUAGAAAACAAAUAGAUAUAGAAAAAUAAUACAUUUUUUAUAUUAACAUAUUUUACAUUAUACAAAUUUAAAGUGCAUCAAUUUGGCGGAAAUUCAAAAAAAAUAAACAAUUUAAACUUGAACCAUUUGAUAACAUUUGAUGAUGAAAAAUAAAAUUAAACUCAGUAAAUGAUUAAAAAAAAAAAAAAAAUUGUUCGGCAACAUUAACUCAAGAACACAAUAUAUACACUUGAAUCUAAAAAAAUAAAUAAUUUGUGCUGUUUUGUUUUUUUUAUCAAAAUGAGAAAUUAGGAUUUAAUGGCUACAAUGAGCUUUUUAAAGGGGGUUUGAAGCAGUUCCCCGGGAUCCGCCCUACUAUUUGAGAAGAACUGCUUUAAACGUUGCCAAUACAUACAUACCCGUACUGUAUGUAGGUGGCAUUAUUUCCUCAGGUUCCCCUAAACUUGUGGAAGCAGUUUUUGCGAAAUAUGCCUAAAACAUGGAGUCCAAACCGCCAUCUUGAUCGAUAAUAACCACAGAUCUGUAAAUUGAACACACUGCAAUGCAGCAGUAGUAGCAGUAGCAACCAGAGCACUUAACUAAUGUGUUUUUAAAAAUGUUCAUGCUUGUAUGACCUUUAAAAAUAUGAAAAUGUUAUAUAAAACUUAAGCACAGAGUGUACGCAACACUGGUGGCAACAGUUUGACUGUGGAUCUGCUGUGAGCUAUACAACUUUAAAUUGGCACAGAAACACAGAAUUCAAACGGCCAUCUUUGUGAUUGAUUUUUCCUCCAUUGAAAGAUACCAGUAAUGGCAAAAAGUGUAAUGACAACCCCAGAUUCAUACAUGGAAUUUACUGCGAUGCAGCGAUACCAUAGCAACCACAGCCGGCUAGUAUAACUUGACAAUAUGAAAAUGCUACUUCCAACAUUACCCACGCAUACAAAUACAAACACUGGCAACCAUAGUUUGACUCUGAAACGGACCACUUCAUUAUUUCUUAUCACAAAAUGUUGAUUGGGGUUGAGCCGAGAGUUUCCACUGUUCAGUCAAGAGUAUGUUACAGGAAAAGUUGCAUUAGGUAAAAAAGAGAAUACAAAUUGUUAGAUUUUAUUGAGACAUGUAUUUAAAAUGGAUGAACUGAGGAAGUAAAUUUUGCCUUUAUUACUUAGUGAAUAAAGGUUUGCAUAAAUAAACUGUUGUGCCUGUGCAUAGGUUUUAUAGUAGUUAUAUUUUCCCAUUCAACAUUGACAGUACCUUUUAUAUUGGUCACACUCACCACACCAUUUCACUUUCCAGUUUCUGUUAGCAUCGACUCCUCUGCAAUGGAACUUGCGGUUUUUAGAUCGGGUCUUCCUCCAGAAUCGAUCCUAUACAUAUAAGAAACACACCUUUAAUGACUCUUGAGGCUUACCACCAUUUACACUUCUCUGGGGGUCCAAUUAGGGUCGGCAUGUACUGUUACAGGCUUUCAGGGCGCUGUAAUGUUGCUGCGUACUGUUUCUAUUUUAAUGAUUCAUAUUUCAUGCUUCGCUCGUAUCGUACUUUGGUCCAGCUGAAGUGGUAUCCAUCCACGUUGAAGACGGGCAUGAUGUAGAAGUUGAGCUGGUUGAGCAAUCGUCGUGUGUUUGGGUCAUAGCGGUAGGAAUUGAUGGCCUGUAAUAUCACAGAAAAAAAAUCGGAUUUAUGGCCAAUGGUAAUAAUCUUUAUUCAACCAAUGUGUUUCAAUGUCUUAAAAAUGUACUGUAUUUUACCAAAACCACUGUAAACCAUUGAUUAAACAAUAGUGCUUAAAAAAACUAAAUGUUCUACUUUUUUAAUACAAAUAACCUCUCAUGUAUGCAUACAACAUGCUUGUAGUAAUUUUGGGAAGACUGAUUGUCCAUUUCAAUGGACAAACCCAAUAAUAAACAAUAUUGACUGAUAAUUUCAAUGGACAAACCCAA